UGUUCACUUGUCACUUUGGGUGGAAUCCCUCCCCUGUGCAAUAUUCAAAAUAAGGUGCAACGUUCUGUUUACAGCUAAGGCCUAAAUCGGCGACUUGUACCCAAAUUUCUAUUCAUCUAACGUUGCGGACGUGUUUGAAGAAACUAUGGCAUCUAAGGACGAACUCGCGUGCGUUUACGCCGCUCUCAUCCUCGCCGACGACAAUGUGGAUGUAACGAGUGACAAGCUGACCUCUAUCGUCAAGGCAGCUAAAGUGGAUGUUGAAGGCCUGUGGCCAAAUCUGUUUGCCAAGGCACUGGAAGGAGUUAGCCUGAAGGACCUCAUAGCUAACAUGAGCUCAGCCGUUCCUGCUGUUGGUGGUGGUGCACCAGCAGGUGGCGCCACUGCUGAUGCUGCAGCUGCUGCUCCUGCUGACGCGCCGGCAGCCACGAAGGAAGAAUCGGAAGAGUCUGAUGAUGAUAUGGGCUUUGGUCUGUUUGAUUGAUCGCACACCAACAUCAUUGGCGAUCACUCUACGCAGCGUCGGCCUGGACAUGUACAUAUUGGAACAUGCAUGUUUUUUAUUAUUCACAGACAUUGUGGAGGAUGAUGAAAUAAAAAAAUUCAAAACAGCAA